UCUUUGGGCUUGCUGUGUUUAUUACCACAGGAAUACCAUGGGUUCCGGGUAUCGAUAAUCGAACGCCAUGUUGGAUACAGUUGUUAUAGCUGAUCUUGAGGAAAGGUCCUGAAAAGCGUUUUUUCAGCAAGAAAGCAAAGGUGUUUUGCAAAGAUAACAAUAGUGUUACUACUUAUGAGUCAGUAUUUUGUGUCCAACUUCUGGUUUGAGUUCUUUUUGCAUUCACAGAGUCGAGGAACUAAAUUGUGCUGGUUGAGUCUGCAACGCAUUAUAAACAAUUAUGUGUCCAAAAGAAGAGAAACAGCAACAAACGAAGUGUAGUAAAGGGGCAUAUGUGUUCCACAUCCCUGCUGGCACAUGGAGACAACAUUUUAGCUCUCUUUUAUUUAGUGCUGACAUUGUUGCUACUGCAAUGGAGAUAUCAUUGCUUGGAUUUUUAUCAACUGUGGCCAUAGUUUUCCCAUCACUCAAUGUAAAUUCCAGCAUGACAUUGCUUGAAGUGGCCAUAUAUAUGUGGGUUUUGAGUCUGCUUCGGCGUCUCUACAUGUCCUAUUUAGAAGCCGUUUACUGCAGUUUUCCACAGUAUAGAACACAGCCGGUUAAAGAACAYGCGCUCAAAGAAGCCAAAGAUAUUGUCGGUAGAGAUAAGGAACAACUUGACACGAUUAUUCAACAUGAUCGUCUGACAUUAAUAAGUCAGUUUGGCUUAGAUGUCUUUAUAUAUUUCAGUGUCCCUGGAUAUUACCCAUCCGCCCAAGUGAGCUAUCCACCAAUGUAUCAACGUGUUCUUCAGGUUAUCUUGAAUCAUUAUGUAAUGUCUUUUGGGAUGUACUGGAUGCAUCGUGCCCUUCAUAAGAAUCCAUAUAUGUGGAAGAAUAUCCACUCUUUCCAUCACUGGGCAAAGCAUCCUUUAUCUAGGACCACUUAUCAAGAUCAUUGGCUUGAUAACUUUGGCAAUGCCAUAGUAGGGCACUUCUUUGCUCAGGUGCUUGUUCCUUUAGAUCAUGACUUUUUCUGGUUUUCAAGAUGCUUUCGUGUUUGUGAAAGCUURGAGAAGCACUCUGGUGUAAGUUGUUGGUUUAAUGUUGUGCACAUGUCGCAGCGUUGGCUUCCUUAUGCGCAGAUGCCACAUCAUCAUGACUGGCACCAUGAAGGACACAAGGGCUGCAACUACACCUUUACAUCCAUUGGAGGUCUUUGGGAUUGUAUUUUUGGAACCAGGAAAACAGGUCGUCAUCCUGCAGUUGCAGAGACAAGCAGGGAUAGAGUACAUAUUGAUAAAACAACGAGCAAAUUUUCAUCUUUGAUGGAUCAUCCUGUGUUCUGUUUUUUGCCAAUACUUGGGCUAUCCAUUCUCGUUGUUCUGAAAUCAUUCAUGACUUUAAACAGUUAAUCUGUUGCUUCUCACCAUUAUUGAAACAACUUCUAUUUUUAACAUGUAUUAGUAUUAAUAUUUACUGAUUCACUUAUUCAGGCAAGCAUAUAUGGGAAUGCCAAGAUAUCUGCUACUGACAGCAAGCUAUAUCUACUCCAGAACUAUAGAAAGGCACAAUAUUUUGCAAUUCCAUGUACCUUUGGCGUCUCAGUCUUUUUUCUGAUUUUCCAUGUACCUUUUUCCAUGUACCUUUGGCGUCUCAGUCUUUUUUCUGAUUUUCAGACCACACAAUCACUGUUCAAUAUAGAACCUGUACCAAAAUGUAUGGCUGUCACUACUAAUUAGACUCUAAUUAGCAUAAGCUCAAAGUAACGCAAAAUAAAUACAAAAGCACGUUUUUCACUUAGAAGAUGUAUAAAAUCCUAGUAAGGUGAACACCAACGAAGAUACGAAUUUUUAAUAACGGAAAAUUCGCAGAGAAAUGUUUUGUCGACAGGGAUGUAAGCCAAACCCCAAACCCUGAUAGAUUUUUUGCAAUUUAUUCAACACUUUCCAUACGCAGGUUCAGUGACCAUGAACAACUUGACAAAGCAUUGGACCGAGGCGUCAUGUAGGGAAGUACUGAACACAGAUCUUUUCUUGAUCGGACCCCUCGUUUCAAUGCUUUGUUCGUGGCCACCUGAAAAUAUGGAAUAUCGUGAACAAAUACAUGUAAAAAUAUAGAUUUUCAAUAUGAAUUUUAUCUCGUGAGUUUUGCAUAGUUCGUUGUAAGUGUAAGAAUUUCAGAAUAAAAAUACAUCCGUAACGUCUUUUAGACAAGUA